UGCAUUGGUCGUUCCGUGGAACUUGUGGGCAAUCUUUAUGUAUUAAAAGCGAUACCUGUCUCAUCGGCGAGCGGAGCCAAUUCUCACAUUUUGUCUGUGGCUCAAUAGAGCCAGGAGCACUACAAGCCUUCCCGACAGGUUCUUGAAUAAUCAUGUUGCAGAGAUGAGAUGGCCAACAAGUCGAAGCAUUUGAGCAUCACUUGCUCAGAACUGAUGUUUCUUCCAGCGAGCAUGACAGCUCCUAUUGGGUCCCAGUUCUCUUGCAGGACAGGGAUCAAGGGCUACAGACAGUGUCGUCGGCAGCGCAAUGUGGAGAGCAUGUUCGGGAUGUGGACAUAAACGGCAGAAC